CAAUUUUCGGAUAUUUUGAAACAUUAUAAACCCUUUCAUUAUUUCUUUAUGCUCUUGUGAAAUUUUCGUUUUAAAUUUUUCCGUGGCUAUAAAAAAAUUUAAUGAAAUCCGUAGACAAACCUACAAUUUAAAUAACAUGUUAUUACUACCUACAGCGAUCAUUUUUGUACUCGAAUGCUCGUCAUUAUACGCUCAAAGGUCCCCAUUAAACCAUGCGCCUACUGCAUUAGAUAUGAUGUACAAGGACCUCACGCCAGAGGCGUUUUUCAACCUACAGGACAAUAGCCCCAAGCUGCCUACGAAGCCCGCUAGGCCAAAGCGCCCUAAAGAGCUUCUGGCUGAGAUGGACCCCAACAACUUGCCUGUGGGGCCCAUAAAACCUGGAAUAUUUGGCGCGCCGAAAUCGCGGGACGCCCUGAGAGGCUAUGAACACUUCGACCUGUCGAUAUUGGACGCCAUGGCUAGACAGGCUGCGAAGGACGAGAACUUCGCCUUGCUGCAGCCCUAUCCCGGCAAUCCCGACGAGCAAUCGAAGCUUAUUUUCAAUUUAUGUUUCGCACUGUCCUACAUAUGGCGAAGAGGCCGUCUAAGUAUUCGCAAAUAUUAUCAUUUGAGAAACAUAUAUGUAAAUCAUUUACAGUUUGAGGUCGGCUACAUGUCUCAUGUAAUAAUGGCAAAGUAUCUAAAUAUGGUGGAACUGUACCUGUACAGCACCUCAAGAACGAAAGCGAAAGGGAAGCAAAAGGCAAAAAACCUCAUGACAAGAUUGCACCUGACGCACUUUCUGUACUCCGUAGAGACGGAUUCGAGAACUAUUGAGCAUCUAUGCAACAUGAUGAAUGAAUUGAAGAAGAAGUAUGAAGCGCGGCCGUACGAAAAGGAGAAUAAAUUUGACGUACCUACAAAGAAAAAAAAAGUUACGACGGUGGCAGUGCGGCAAGGGUACCAGGCCAUUGUGAGGUUAGACGAGGCGGCUUCACCAAACCGCACCGAAGAUGCCAAACCGAAAAACAAAGCAUACAUCCCGCAAAAGAUCGAAGAGACGCACAAACUGAUCGGUGCGGCGUUGGCUGAGAAAAAGAGGAAGCUGCAGAAUCUAAGGGAUUACUACAACAAAUAUGGCCACUAUCCCACCACACCGCCAACCCAACAGCCAAUGAGGCUUUGGUCACCGAAGAUCGACUACGGAUGGUCUGGGGAGGGCGAGUGGUGACGUCAUUGAAAUGAAAAAUAACGUGAAAUAAACAGUAUUUCAAAAAUAA